AUGAAGCACUUCCAUCUCUUUCUCCCUACAACAACAAGCGGCAAUAUUAUUGGAAAAUUGUCACAAGUUAAAUUCCAGGAGUUAUUGGUCUAUGAUUUUGAAAAGGUUGCAAUGGCUACAAACAACUUUCAAUUGACCAAUAAACUUGGGCAAGGCGGUUUUGGUCCUGUCUAUAAGGGAACACUCCAAGAUGGUCAGGAUAUAGCAGUUAAGAGAUUAUCAAGAGCAUCUGGACAAGGACAAGAGGAAUUCAUGAAUGAGAUGAUUGUCAUUUCCAGGCUUCAACAUCGUAAUCUCGUAAAACUUUUAGGUUGUUGUAUUGAAGGAGAAGAAAAGAUGUUGAUCUAUGAGUACAUGCCAAAUAAAAGUUUGGAUGCAUUUAUUUUUGAUCCAGAGAAAAGCAAACUUCUAGACUGGGGAAAGCGUUUUGUCAUUAUUGAAGGAAGUAGAGUAGCUAGAGGAGUACUUUAUCUUCAUAGGGACUCUAGACUAAAAAUUAUACAUAGGGACCUAAAGGCAAGUAAUAUCUUGCUAGAUGAGAACUAUUCAAAGAUAUCAGAUUUUGGCAUGGCUAGAAUUUUCAAAGGAAGUGAAGAUCAAGCUAACACAAGAAGAGUUGUCGGAACCUAUGGCUAUAUGUCUCCAGAAUAUGCUAUGGAAGUAUUUUCAGAGAAAUCAGAUGUGUUUAGCUUUGGAGUUUUACUACUAGAGAUUAUAAGUGGAAGAAGAAACUCAAGCUUUUAUAAUAAUGAGCACUCUCUUAGCCUUCUAGGAUUUGCAUGGAAAUUAUGGAAUGAAGACAUUGUAAAGCUAAUAGACCCGAAAACAUCUAAUCAAAACCUGGAGAAGGAUAUAUUGAGGUGCAUACACAUAGGACUUCUGUGUGUACAAGACCUUGCAAUAGAGAGGCCAGGUAUGAGCACUGUAGUUUCUAUGCUUAAUAGUGAGAUUGUCAAUCUUCCUCCUCCAAGGCAACCUGCGUUCAUCCAAUGGCAGAGUAUAUUGAAUCAAUUGACCCCAGAAGAGAAUCAAAGAUUAUUUUCUAACAACGAAGUUAGUAUUAGUGACAUACAAGGCAGAUAGCAACAUUACCAAUCUAUGAG